UGCCCCCGCCUCACUUUUCAUCCUAUAACCAGCCCAAAACCCCCACUAUGGCUACAGUUUUGGGUAGCCUGAAAUUCUGCUUUCUCCUCCAAACCAUCUGCUUCUCGUUGGCACAGAUUCAAGGUCCACCAGGAGAACCCGGACCGAGGGGCCCCCCAGGUCCGCCCGGAGUACCAGGAGCUGAUGGCAUUGAUGGUGAAAAAGGCCCCCCGGGUGCAGCAGGAAGCCCAGGCAUCAAAGGAGAACCAGGCCUUCCAGGUCCGGACGGCUCUCCGGGGAAACCUGGCAUUGAUGGCCUGACAGGAGCAAAGGGGGAACCAGGCCCUGCUGGGAGACCUGGCCCCAAAGGCCAGACUGGACUUGUAGGUCCUCCAGGACUCCCAGGUCCCGGGCUGUCUGGAUCUCCCGGACUUCCUGGCCCAGUUGGGCUCCCUGGAGAAAUUGGAGCACUGGGGCCAAAGGGGGAACGUGGACCGGACGGGCCACGAGGGCCUCCGGGGGCCCCUGGGAAACCUGGCCCUGUCGGGCACAUCCAAGGAGUUGAAGGCAGUGCAGACUUCUUGUGUCCAACCAACUGCCCCCCUGGACUUAAGGGCCCCCAAGGAUUGCAGGGCUUGAAGGGUCACAAAGGCCGCCCCGGAGUCCUGGGAGAGCCUGGCAGGCAGGGCAAGCCGGGCCCGAAGGGAAACGUUGGCUUAUCUGGAGAACAGGGAAUACCUGGCCCUCCCGGUCCUCAAGGUCUCCGGGGAUACCCUGGAAUGGCAGGGCCUAAAGGAGAGAUGGGCCCCCGAGGUUAUAAAGGAAUGAUCGGAACCAUUGGAGCAGCAGGACCGCCGGGUGAAGAAGGCCCAAGGGGUCCCCCAGGCCAAGCUGGUGAGAAGGGAGAUCUUGGUGCUCGUGGCAUCAGAGGCCCCCAGGGAGUAAUGGGACCCAAAGGGGGAAAUGGUCUUCCUGGGAUUGAUGGCAAAGACGGCACUCCGGGUAUCCCUGGGUUGAAGGGGAGUGCCGGGCAGCCAGGCCUUCCCGGGCCACCUGGUCACCGAGGAUUAGCCGGUUUGCCAGGCACACCUGGAACCAAAGGUGGCCCAGGACAGAAGGGUGAACCAGGAGGGCGUGGUCUGCCAGGUUCCUCUGGGCUACCUGGGAAAAUGGGUGAGCCUGGACCACGUGGGGAAGUCGGCCCUCAAGGGGUCCCUGGUGUGAAGGGAGAUCGGGGAGAGAGGGGCCCGGUGGGUAUUCCGGGGCCGCAGGGGAAAGUGGGCGCGAAAGGGGAGCAGGGCCCACCGGGAAUCCCAGGCCCACAAGGUCUUCCUGGAGUCAAAGGUGACAAGGGCUUCCCAGGGAAAAUUGGGUCCAAAGGGGACAUUGGAGAUCCUGGUGUCGAAGGCCUGUCUGGGGAGAAGGGGGAGAAGGGUGAAUCCGGAGAGCCAGGACCCAAGGGACAGCAAGGUGUCCGCGGAGAGUCUGGUUUUCCUGGACCUACUGGGGACGCAGGGGCACCUGGUGUCAGAGGGUUCCCUGGACCCCCCGGCCCUCGGGGGCUUGGUGGGGAGCGUGGCGUGCCUGGAAUGCCUGGGCCUCAGGGCGCCCCAGGCAGGGAUACAGGAGAUCAGCACAUUAUCGACGUGGUCCUGAAAAUGUUGCAAGAGCAACUGGCUGAAUUAGCUGUGAGUGCCAAAAGAGCCUCUCUGGGUGGGGCAGGUGUGAUGGGACCUCCUGGACCUCCCGGCCCCCCUGGGUCUCCUGGUCACCAAGGGCCCCAUGGACACACUGGCCCUCGCGGCAUCCCAGGCAUCAUCGGGGGAGUGGGGCAGAUUGGUAACACUGGACCCAAAGGGAAGAGGGGUGAGAAAGGAGAGCAAGGAGAACCCGGGCGUGGACAUCAAGGCAUGCCAGGGCCACCAGGUAUCCCAGGUCUCCCCGGUCACCCUGGCCAAGCCAUCAACGGCAAAGACGGUGAACGAGGUCCUCCGGGCGUCUCAGGAGAACCCGGACGGCCUGGCUUACCGGGGCCUUCUGGACUUCCCGGAUUCUGUGAGGCCGCCGCCUGCUUAGGUGCCUCUGCGUAUGCCUCGGCCCGCUUGACUGAACCAGGCGCCGUCAAAGGACCUUCUUACUAA